CAAAACGCAGGAGGUCCACUUCGUGUGCAAGACCAGCAGUCUGAUUUUCAAAAAAGGACUCACAAUGGAUUUUAAUAGUUUCAAAGAAGACGCUGAAGCCUGGAUAAGGUUAAACGAUGGAUAUGAACUCACACAGACGGACGAAAAAGACGAACGUUUAUACUUUAAAGUAAAAUCUGUAACAUUCUACUUGACGUGCCCAGGAAGAGAAAAGAAAAAUUGGUUUAUAUGGAGUGAUCAAGAAGAUACUAUUCAAAUGCUGGGAGAGGUCACAGAUUAUCUGUCUGGAUGCAAACAGCACACUGUGGAGGAAGUUUUGAAUUACACAAAGAAGAAACUGCAGCCAUCGGUUGGGGGUGCAGAUGAUGAAAAUAUGGAAGAUGAAGACGAGUAUGAAGAAGAUAUCGAUGACAAUUAUUACGAAGAUGAUGACAUUGAUGCCUGUCAAGGAGAAGCAAGUGCAGCAAACAAAGUCACAUUAAGUGAUGAAGAAGAUGAAUUAGACAGACAAUUUAUGGGCCAGGGAAACCCAGUAGCAGUACACAGACUAGUCAAAGAUCUGAAAAAUAUGAAAGAUGCAAAUGGAAAGUUUGGUGUGGUAGGAGAACCAAGAGGGGACAAUUUAUUCAUUUGGGACGUGAAACUUACAGAUUUCCCUAAGGACACAAGACUUGGAAAGGAUUUAGAAAACUUUGCAAAACAAUACAACAGAGAGCCUGUGGUAUAUUUAGAAAUGAAGUUCCCCCAGGAGUUUCCCAUGCAUCCACCUUUUGUUAGAGUAACAAGACCAAGAUUUAAAUUUCUUACAGGUAAGCAGUCAAGUGUAGGUUGAUCUGUUAACUUAAAUAAUUAAACCCCCCCUCCUCCUUUUCCAAAUAACAAUAAUGAUAUUUUAUUUUACUUAAAAUAAAGAAGGUUUAACUAUAUAUGUGCAUGCCCAUAUUGUCCUUGAAACUCUUUAGAAAAAAAAGCAAUCCUGACAGCUUUGGGAAUUCAAGC